CCCCCUGUGUGUUCUUGCUAAGUCGGAAGUGGACGAGUUUGUUUUGCACACAGGAAAUAUCCGUCAAGUUUGUUCAAAUUUCGGCGGGGUUGCAGUCUUCCCGUUUGAUCUGAUUACCAGCAAACAUGGAGCGGUAGUGAUGGCGGAAGAACCGCCCGCUCGAGGAACUUUACGGUCCCGCCUGCGGGAGUCGGACGGCGCGGGGUCGGGGCGAUGGAGCCUGGACUUGUCGGGGCAGUACCUCGCCGCGCUCCCCCCGGAUCUGGGGGACAUCACCGAGCUGGUCGUCCUGGACGUUUCUCGGAACAGAUUAGAGUCGUUUCCGGCUAGCACCAGCCAACUCUCGGCCCUUGUAGAGCUGAACGCCGCUCACAACAUCCUGGCUCAAGUUCCGCCACAAGUUCACCAGAUGUCAAUGCUGGCGUGCCUGAACUUAUCCUGUAACAGACUGACCAACCUGCCAGAUGAAGUAACCCAGCUCGGCUUGCUGCGGAGACUGGUUCUGGACAUGAACAAACUGACCGCUCUACCUGAGGACAUCAGCCAGCUGUCGUCUCUGGAAGAGUUGAAUGUAGGAGGAAACAACCUCAGCUACCUGCCAGAAGGCAUCAGUAAGCUGACCAAGCUGAAACGCCUGUGUGCUGACAGUAAUGUCCUGACAGCCUUCCCUGUACAGGUUCUACAGCUGAGUGGACUUGAAGAGCUUCUGUUGAACCACAACCGCCUGUCAGACCUGACUGACAACCUGGGACAGAUGUCAGGGCUCAAAACCCUCCGACUCAACAGUAACCGUAUCCAGACCCUGCCAGACUCCAUCCUACACCUGAGUCAGCUGGAGGAGUUGGAUGUACAGAACAACCAGCUGGGUGCCCUACCACUGGGCGUCGGCACCCUGCCUCACCUGGCAACCCUGCACGUCAGUAACAACCCCCUGGUACAGCCGCCCCCCUCUGUGUGUGCGAUGGGCAUAGAGGCCAUCAGGAGGUACCAGGAUGACCUGGCCAGUGCUACGACUGCUGUUCCCCACAGACUGAAGGUUGUGUUGGUGGGUCCUGCUGGAGGGGGCAAGUCGACCCUGGUCAGGGCUCUCAUAGGGGGCAACCACAAGAAUGAUGUGGUGGCGACCCACUGUGCUGACAUCGUGCCCUGGAACAGUGAUGAUAACGUGGAGUUCUCCCUGUAUGACACCAGCGGGAGGGGGGUGUACCAGGCAUGGCACUCCUGGAUGUUUACUCCUGACGCCCUCUACCUGCUGACCUUCAACUUGUACGACCUUGAUCCUGAAAGUUCUCAACAAGAUGUGGAAUACUGGCUGGACUUCCUGAAUGCGAAAGUCCCGGGGGCACCAGUGUGCAUGGUGGGGACACACACAGACGAGUUCACGGCAGCACUGCGAGCCAAGAAGGUGGCGCGGAAGUGUAAGGACCUGUCUGAGAUGGCACAGAAGUGGGCCCAGGACAGGAUACAGGACAUCCAGGCAGAAUGUCAAGUGAUCCAAGGAGCACUAGCCAUCAAGGAGAGCACCAGUAAGGAACCUGUCCACCCCCUCAGUGGAGUGGGACUGUCUGCCCUGCAGAGGAGACUCAAACAUCUACUGAAACUGAAGGAGACAAGAAUACAGGUUUGGGAGGAGGUAGUCCCCGUGUCUGCCACCACCAUGUCAGGCAUCCCUGACCUGCGAGCCUGCCUGGUGACGGCAGCCAGUAACUCCACGGCGUUCCCCUCGCGACCCCGCAUGACCUCUGUGCCCCUGUCAUGGCUGACGCUGGAGAAGCUCCUGCAGCAGCAGCCAGACUUCUGGAUGAGGAGGGAGGACUGCGGCCGGCUGGCCGUACAGGCCGGGGUACCUGCUGACCAGGUGCCACAGGUGUUAGAACACCUGCAGGCGGUGGGUUCUAUCGUGAUGAUCACCCCGUACCACGGGGAGGAGAAGGUUGCGCCCAACCCCGGCCGGCUGCUGGCGUUUCUCUGUACGCUGGUGAACCACGACACGGAGGCCUGGCUGAAGGAGGAGAGCGCUCGCUUCCAGAACUUCUCCAAGGUGCAGUACCUGGAGGCACGGAGCGACCUGCUACAGCACGGGGUCAUGAGUCACAGCAUGCUGUGUGCCCUGACCGCCAAGUACACCCGUACGACCCAGGACCAGGUCAACGCCCUGGAGCUGCUGCGAGGACUGGGGCUGAGCUACUCUGUCAGGAAAACUCCACAGAGGAAGGACCAGAACUCCAACCACAAGAACAGUGGCAAUGACUGGCAGCACUGUUUCCCCGUGUACUGUCGGGACUCGCUGCCCUCGGAGGUCGGCAUGCGCUGGGUGCCGCUCCCACCUGUCAACACGGACCAGCUGGAGCUGGGCUGUCACCUGCCCUUCUGCCCACCUGGGCUCUUCUCUCACCUGCGCGUGGCGGCCUACAGACACCUGGGCACCGAGCGGGUGGACUGGCAGACAGGUGUGCUGACACAGGUGGCAGACAGGUCACUCAUACUGCAGAAAAGCAACACCAAAGAUGGAAGCCAUAUCACAGUAGCAAGCCGUGCGUGUGUGGAGGGGACAUCCUCCCUGUGGCAGGUGGUGUUACCUGUAGCAGACAUCCUGUCCCAGGUGCUGCAGUGCUGGCCGGGCCUCAGACAUCACCUGUAUGUCACCUGCGCUCACUGUCUCCGCAAGGGGGUCUCCAACCCACACAGGUUCUCUGGGCUGUUGCUGCUGACUCCUCCCCCUAAGAUCACACUACUGGACUGUCCCUCUACACAGGGGGCACAGACUGUCCAGGCACAGCUGGUCUAUCCUCCACAUAGGGACCCAGACCAAAAGAUGGACUCCGUUCUGGAGGUGGUUGCCUCCAAACUGGAGCUGCGAGACUGGCGCAGGUUGGGUCGUGUGUUCGGACUGACGGACGCAGAGCUGGACGACAUCAGGUACGACUUCUCGGAUGUCCAGGAACAGAAGUACCAGCUCCUGUGGACGUGGAGGAGGCGGCGGCGGAGCACCGCCACGGCGAAAAGACUGGUGUCCGCCCUGAAGGAGGUAGAACUCCACGAUCUGGCCAACGCUGUCAGGGAAACCCUGGGAUACAAACCAGCCAAUCAGACAGCUAGCUAACCUGUCAGUCACCACAACCAGCCAAUCAAACAGCUAGCUAUCCUGUCAAUCACAUCAACCAGCCAAUCAUAUAUCAGGCAAACCCUGGAACACAAACCAGCCAAUCAAACAGUUAGCUAACCUGUCAGUCACAACAACUAGCCAAUCAAACAUCCAGCUAACCUGUCAAUCAGAACAACCAUGUCUACCUUAUUAGGAAGGUGAAAUCAUUCCUGGGCGCUGGACAUAUCAGCAAAGCUUGCAAACGUUCCAAAUAUCAGUUAAUUUUGUAGAAACUUAAUUUAAAGGACAUGAUCAAGUACAUUUUUUCCCUUGGUGCUGCUAAGUUUGAAAGAUAUGUUGGAUAUCAGGGUCAUAUCUAGAGGCUGCACAAAAUCAAGGUUACACAUCCUCAAUAUAGCAAGGUAACAUUCUCAAAGGAAGCACUAGAUCUAGUAUGAUAUCCAUCUUGGCAGUCAUGUUGCUUUCUCUCCCACUGCCAACAGUAAUUGUUUAUGUCCCUCAAAAAACGGAGACAACUAAAACCCAUACUCGGGCUGUGGUUCUUAAUGUUUACAAUCAGAGUCAUUGAGCUGCUAGUUGUAGGGAUUCCCAACUCUCUAUGGUAAUACAUGUAUAUUGAUUUCUGAAUUGUCUCACACAGUACAUGAAGGUGUGAAGUAGCUAGAGGCGUGAGCCACAAAUUAGUGGGCAUGUUAUAACUUUUAGUAGACUGUAAAUGCAGCUGGCUUGUACAAUAGAUGCUGGUGGCAAGGAGUCAGUGUGUGCCUUAGUUUUGUCCUAUAGAAUAAAUUUUGUCUUGUAGAAGUGUUAAAUAGGAGGGAAGACCAUGAGUGAAGGCAAGGAACAGAAAGUAAAAUGUGUGCCUUGUUCAGAAGAGCCUGUAGUCCUGUGGCUUGUUUGUUGUCUUAACACUAACAGCAAUGUGACUUUUACAUGUGGAAAAUCCGGAAAGUAUGUUCUGCUGGGAUAAGUACUAAAAGUUAUUUGACAUACACGUAACAUCCUAUGGUGGUGCUUUAAGUUUAAGGUCUAUCUAACUAGCUGCUGACUAGUAAAAUUAUUAGAUACAUUUUGUUUUAGCAUGAAAGGAAAGCCAUUAUCCAUAGCAUUGACAGUGUGGUGCAUAUGAGAACAAGAUGUUUUGCAACGUUUUUCUAGGAUUACAGAAAUUGGUAGCAACAUGUGCAAAAGAUGCAAGAGGAGCAAUAUUUUUGUUUUUAUAACUUAUGUUCUAGAUUUUGGUUUAAGCAACAAAAAGGUGCUGUCAAUGUUAUACACAGUGGUCAGUACCAUUCCAGGUAAAUCAAGAGAGAAAAUUUUACCAAUGAAUACUAGUAAGCAACCUAUAGCAAUAAGGAGUUAGCCAUGCACAGUCACCUGUCUUACAACACAGGGCAAACCACCAAAGUGUCUAUUAUAGCAAGUAUUUCUGCUAGAAAGAUCAAACCAUGAAGGGCUAAGUUUUACAUUGUACAUGUGUAAUACUGUUUAGCGAGGAAUAAUGAAUGUCAUGAAUAUUGUUAAAGCUUCUCAGUGUAGAGGUACAUUUAUCCAUUUCUUGUUGCUUUUUAUUUCUCAUUUUUAAUAUGGAGACAUUGAGGUGGAAGCGAUUUUAUUUUUGGUGUGCUGCUGUAUUAAGGUAUGCUGCUGAAACUGGUUAUAUGGUGUGUUCUGCAAAUCACCACAGUUGCCUCUACUGAGGGUUUUCUUUUGUUUUUUUUAUGGUGCAUAGAAUCUCAGCUAUAAGCAGAGGAAGCAUUCAAUGUUUCUGACCAAGCUGAACUCAUGUAUAUUUGAAAUACAUGUACAAAUGUAAAUGUAGUAGGGAACAAAAGUUACAAAAUGCAUUCCUUCAAAACUAGCCAGGAUGUAAUAAGAUUUACAUCCUAUUUUUGCUGUGUUAGCUUUUGCAACAGCCUGGCAAUGUGUAUGCAUCUCUUCUGUUUUACUUCAACAAUUGCGUUCCAUCAAAAAAAAGGAACGUAUAGUCAACAGAUUUGCGCUUAGGCAUGUUGUCAUUGUUAGAUACAAUAUCUCCGCUUUGUUCUAAGUACAUGUACAUAUACUAGUAGUUUAUGGUGACAUAUCCUAAUCAUGACUUGGUUAUUAUGUUACAUGAUACCAUAUCAAGUGGAAACCUACACAUGAUAUAGACUAUAGCAAAUUAAAGGACAUUACAGCAAUGUUUAGUAAAGAGUUGAAGUGAUUGUAGAACCUUACAUGGAUGCAAUUUACUGUUCUAGUCUUCUCAAUAAUCAUUGGCGUUGACUUACAGCAAAGAUAGUCUGAUGGGUAACAGUGCUUUGGGUUCUAUGGUAAAAACUGUGGGUAGGUUUUUCUGAGAAUAUUGUUUUACUUGUCUUCAUGACGGAUAUACUUCUGUGAUCAGCAGAAGUUGUGAGUUGUAAAUAGGGCUAGCUGAGUUCUGUUGAAUGUUGUGCAAAAUCAUGUUGAAGACAGACUGCUGUGAUGAGAAGUUUCUGUAGAGAAUUUUUCCUUUUUCCCAGGGAAAUAAACCUUUUCUCAAAUCAGUUUCCUGGCUGCAUGGGCUUCAAUUCCUUAGGUAUAAAAUUAAAUGUAAGUUCUUCUACAAAACACAAUUUAAGCAAUGGCUAACAUUUGUAAACUCAGUGUUAUUGUAAGGAUGUGGUACAGGCUUACAUGUAUAGGUUGAUCAACUGGGACAUGACAAUAGCAGCUACUGUAAGUAACUGUUAUAACCUUGAACAGAAAUUGGUGGCAUGUCCAAAUUUGGGCAGUGCAAUAGGAAUCAAUCAAACAAAAUAUAACAGCUCAACCAGUAAAUUUUAUAACUUUUGAAUGAUAAAUGGAUAUUCAAUACAAAAGCUGUAGCCAUUCCAAGUGUAGAGACAGCAACAGAUGAAAACCUUUGUUUUCAAUGACUCAGAAGCUGUCUGUUCUCUCGUUACAUUCCUUUGACUAGACAAAUGUUUGCUGUUGCCCCAUGCACUCAUCACAGUUUCCUGUUGUUUCACAUCACAGUAGCAACAGUACAGAUUACUACAGAAGGGCAGUCUAAUGAGACACAGACAGACUUUAAUACAAAAGCAGUUUAUUCAGACUUACAAAAAUAAACUUGCUACUGAUUCAACCAAAUACAUGUACUACAUAUAUGGCUUGAAAAUUGGUUAGCUCUGUAUGGAGGUUAAUUCUUGAGUGCCCUGAGAGUGACAAGUAUUUCUUGUUACUGAUUAUACACACUGACAAAGUUUACAUCACAUUGGCACUGCACAUCACAUUGGUACUGCAUUGAGAGAUGAAUUGCACCAAACCCACAAUCAAUCAUUAGAAAUAUUGGCACGUUGUUUAUAUCAUUUAUCUAUAGUAUCUGUCGAUGAAGGUUAGACAUCCAUAUUAUGAGAUACACAAGAAAACGAUUACUGUAGAAAAAAAUGGAUAGAUUUUGAAAUCUAUCCAGUUGCUUGAGUAACUGUUUUCUGGAAUUUUACUAAUACAUUGUAGCACCAAGAUAAAUGGACGUCCACAAUUUACUAUGUUCCAUGCAAACUGGACAUAUUUUUACACAUGUAUAUAGCUUUAAAAAUGUUCAUGUGCGGUACAUUGUAAUGGUAGCCCGUUUAGAUGAUUACCUCUGCAUUACACAGACUUCAUAUUGCACCCACUCCUACAUCAAAACAUCAGCUAUGUUCUCUUCUGUUCAAGAACUUUUAGGGUGAUUUUCUGGACAAAUCAUGCAUACCAUUGAAUGAGACUACUCGUACAUACA